AUGGAGGGUCAGGGACAGAGCCAGAGCCAGAAUCAGAAUCAGAGAAACGAACCAAUUAAGUACAAAGGAGUGCGGUUGAGGAAGUGGGGAAAAUGGGUUUCUGAAGUGAGGUUGCCCAACAGCCGGGAGAGAAUAUGGUUGGGCUCAUAUGAUACGGCGGAGAAGGCCGCUAGAGCUUUUGAUGCAGCCCAGUUUUGUCUACGUGGCCCUAAUGCCAAAUUUAAUUUUCCCGAGAAUCCGCCUGAUAUUUCCGGCGGACAGAGGCUUUCGCCGGCGGAGAUACAGGUUGUUGCGGCGCAGUUUGCGAAUGAAUACGUGUAUCCACAGACUACAACACAGGAAACACCACCAUCACAUGUCCAAAAUACGCACGUGUUGAAAAUGGAGAAUGAGGAGACGUCGCAAUCGUCAACUUGUGAUCAUGAUUUGAUAGGCCACAUGGGCAACACUACUACAGUGGAUUGGUCCUUUUUAGACAUGUUGGAGAAUUAUCCUAAUAAUGCUGCUGCUGCUGCGGCUGCUCCACCACCACAUAUUUCUUCUCUUCCUCCUGCAGCCGCACCUCCUUCACCAGCUAUUGGGACUAAUAAUUUUGAUUUUGGAUAUUACCCUGGACUGGAUACUUUGUCAAGUAACCUUUACUCACCACUACAUUUUCCAACAAGAACAACAAAUAGUAAUGGAGAUGAACAUGGGUAUGAGGACAGUGGCAAUGGAGAUGAACAUUUUUCUCAGCAUUCCUACCUCUGGAAUUUUUAACCAAAAAUAAGUCCUACUAAUACUAUACUAUUACUUGGUUUAACCAGCAGCUAGGUCAAUAUUAGUUGCUGAUUUUGACCCAAUGGGAUAAUAUGGGUUAUUAGGGUAA